GCCCGUUCAAGAAAGCGAGAUGGGACAACGCAUCAGUGUCUCAUUCUGCCCCUCCGCAAGGCCUGCUCACGAAUCCAACAUAAGUCAAGCCAUCCCCACCUCCUUCUCCCUUCCCUUCUUCCUUCCAAUCCAUUCCCUCUCCAUAUCUCUCCCCCAUAUGCAUCGCUUGUCCUGAUUACGCAGAAAUCUGCUUGCCCAUCCCACAUUCGCAUUCUUGUCUAUCAUCAACAACCCAAGCCCUAAUAGGAAUUACAACGACUCUAACUUGCAUCUUUAUUCUCACCCAUUUUGUCUGGCCACACCGUUGGCGGUCGUCGACAUAAACACCAUCACAAUCCAGGCUUUCGAACCAAGAGGAGACUUCCAUUUCUGAUAAGGAGCCUUUUUGUCCCCAUGACUUGUCUUACCCAAACGGUGACCAUUCCGGGCACCAUGGCAUUCGAAGCACCAAAACACACCAUCAUCAGGACCAGAGGAGCCGUCAGGUAUAUUCUUUUUUCUUCAUGCUUGUUCUAUUGAUUCUGCGUUUAUACCAAUGUUGUCCGAAAUAAAUGUCUUUUCCUUUUGCUUCAAGACCUCACACGGAUUUCGACAUGUCCCAGGUUCUCAUCGCUCCCAUGGAAUCAUUUCAGUCACGUCCGGAUACUUGUCGCCUAUCUCUUCCACAGAGCUUCUCAUGAGUGGUUCUACCACUUUUGACCAAGAUCUAAAUUUGAUCAUCCAAACAAGGGGAGCCCCCCAGGACAGGCAAAACAGUGCCUGCGUAAGUAUUGCCCAAUACCCCACGCGACCCGUCGUGGUUGCUCUCCAGGACAUAUUCUCCAGUUCCAGAUGGUCUCCAUGGAUAUUGAAACAUGCCGUUUCCCGGAUGUUCUCCCAGUGGUUCAGGGUAUUCCUUAACUCGAUCAUGUCUGCUUUAAUUCCUUUCGACACCUCCACGGAUCAUGCACAAAAUUGUAGCACCUGCUAGCAACAACAAUACCAAUGAGUUCGCCAUGUCAAUCCAGUCCAUAGAAAGGUUGCUUUCCAGCAGACUUUUCUUAGCAACUUUACCACGUCGAUGCAACUACAACCUUUUCCAAUGGACUUCUGUUCUACCAAUGCUCUCCAAGAGCAAACCAGAGGAUUCUUGAGGACAUUGCCGUGGACAUUCCAAAGGACUCGUACCAUUGAAACUCCAUUGAGGCGACAGUUCAAUAAACAUUGAACUUGAGACCGUUGCCGCCCGGCGACUGGAUGGUCUCACUAUAGGCAUUUAUUCGUGCCAUUGAGUACGUACACCUGCUCAGCGUUGAUAUCAGUAUCUCGCAUGCUACCCCGUCAGCGUCCUAUCAUGCACUAACCAGCGCUUCUUUUGCCUUGCGUGUAGAAUACCUUUCAUUCAGAACCUAGAAUUUCUUGUCAACACUUAGCAUGCACACAUCACCUUGGUACCAUAUGGACCGUGGGACUUUCUUUCUUAUUUUGUCGAACCAUUUCUUGGACUGGAUUUUUAACCUGGAGUUCAUCUGGAUCAAGUACACCAUUUGCUCCCUGCUGGUCUGUAAAUCCAUUUCAACCCCCCAAGAUGCCGUCCAACAUGCUGACACAUGCUACUUACAGGCUACCCAUUGGAUUUCUUUUCUUUUAUCUCUUUUGUCUCACGAUUGUUUGCAUUUAAAAACGAAGUGGUUGCACAGGACACUAAUAUAGAACGUGUAGCGGUUUCAGUUCCCAAAAUGUGUCCGGAUUUCCUUUUCAUUCUACAGAACCUAUCCCAGGGCAAAACAGUGGAUCCAUUCUGAGUGUUGGAGGUCCACAGUACUGGCAACAAGACUCUUUAAUCCAAGGAAAUGCCCACGGAUUUGUUGAUACAUACGACCACUUUCCGGUUUCUCAAGAAACUCGCCCCAUCAAAGGCAGAGUUUCUACAUCAGGAUCCAUCCACAGCCAGUGGGAUGAUGAGGCUGUCAAGACUAAAUUUGAGUCACAAGACAUGCCACCACAGGACUCCACAAGAAACCAAGGACAAUCCCAUAGGAACACUCACUCUGCAGCUAACACAUUUGAUCAACCCCAAUCGAGGAUGUAUCCCGUCCCAUCCCAUGGAUCAUUUCAUUUUUCAUCAGCAAAGUCAGAUAUCACAGCCAGGUCAAACAGUCCUGAUGCAGCCGCCUUGUUGGCAUCAAGCCAAUUGGAAGCAUUCGACUACAACACUUUCCUUGGAGAUGAUAUGACCAGUGCUCAAUCCAUGUUCCAGAGGAAUUCCAAUGCCGGGGGAGAGGAAGAACUAAUUAAUCUUUCCAUGCCAGGACCAUCUUUCAGCGCAUAUGCCACAGCUGGAGAAGAGUCCUUCGCGUCAUCUUACCCUGUAGUCUCCGAGUCUUUGAUGUACCCCUCGUUUGCACAUGGUUUGCCAUGGGAUAAUUCUGCCGUUGUGGAAUUAUUGGAGCCCCAGAGAUUGUCUCCCACACUUUCGGAAGGUGCAUGGUCCAACAGCCAACACUCCAACUCCCCCACAACAAACAGCCCUCAGGAAUACUUGUCACCCCAUGUUGAGGUCAUCUCCCCCAGGUAUGUUGAGGAUACCCAAGAUUUGGUGCAACACCCCCCUUACGCAUCUGGUGACAGGACGACGAGGAAGCCAAUGGGACCACGCCUAUCUAAAGUUGUAAGCGAUCUUGCUACUCAUGGCAGACAGCAACGUCACUCUGGUUCUUUUGAGCAAUCCGAGGAUUCCUUGAAACUGGCUACCCGAUCUGCCAAUGAGGAUAAUACCGCCCGGGAUCAUCCAUUGUACCACAGUGUCACCACCCACGCUGAUGGAUUCUACCAUUGCCCAUGGGAAGGUCAAGCCGCAUGCCAGCACAAGCCAGAGAAGCUAAAGUGCAACUAUGAGUAUGAACUGAUCUCUUUUUCCUAACCUUCGAAUACCUACUAAUCUCGAAUAUAGCAAAUUCGUCGACUCCCACCUCAAGCCUUACCGCUGCAAGGUAGCUGCUUGCGAGAGUCUCCAUUUCUCAUCCACAGCUUGUCUACUCCGCCACGAGCGUGAAGCUCAUGCUAUGCACGGACAUGGAGACAAGCCUUUCCACUGCACCUUUGAAGGUUGUGAGCGUUCCGCUCCAGGUAACGGCUUCCCACGCCACUGGAACCUCAGAGACCACAUGAAGCGAGUUCACAACAAUGCUCCUACAUCACCUCCACCAUCCGGGAAGAACAAGCGCAAGGCAACUGAUGCUGCUGAGAACCCCAUGGAGAAGGCCCCAAGACGUGCCAACUCCCCAAGAACCGUUGUCCAGGUUCAGGCGCCAAAGGAGCCCAACUGGGCUGAGCAGUACCAGCAGGAGUACCAAAAGCUUGUCUCUAUGGUUGAGCAGCUUCGUGAUCCAGCUUAUCCACAGAACAUGGAUAUCCUCAACAGAUCGAUGCGAUCUAUUGCCUCUUUGCAACACAAGAGUAAACUUAUUAACCAGGCUUCCAUGGGCGGGAAGUCUUUUAUCCAGCAAUCUGGCUGAAUGAACCUUUUAUAUUAUUGAGACUGUGAGUACCAUCUAUGGACCAGAACUCCCCACAUCAACGAUGCUAAUGAAUGAUCAGGAUACAAAAUUAUACCCUAACCCUGGAGAUUUCACAACUCCUGGAGAUACCUGGAAUCCGAAUAUUCAGAGGCCGAAGAACAUCACCACCUCAGAGGACGAAGUCGUUUCCAGUACGCGCUGCCGUUUCUCAGAGAGAUACCUGGAGUAUAUAAAUCGACAGGAACCGUCAUGCUACCAGUCAUGCAAAAUAAAAGACUGCAACCUUUACGAACCAGGGAUAUAUACCACCAGGAGCCAUGGGGGUCUACUGAGAUACAGUACAUGCUCCGGACUUGAUCUUGAGUUUUGGUCACAUAUGUGCGUGCGCGUGUGUAUCCACGGAUGCCCACGGAUAUUGCUGCGCUUGUGGAGUCUUGUCGUGUUGAUUCCCGGUGAUGAUAGGAAGAGGAGAAGAAGAGGAUUUUUGGGAGCAAAUUAGAGGAGGAUUUUUUUAUUUUUUUUGGUUUACUUUGGUCGUUUCUUUUGUCUUUUGCUAUAUCGUAUCUAGAUUGUCGUGUUUCUUCACUUUGUUUGUCAUGGUGGCU